GUCCCACCUGUCCGCGUCACCCGUCUCUCCUCGCCGCCGCCGCUCUUUGCUUCUGCACGUAGCAUCCUCUAUCUCGCUCUUGUCCUCUUCGCUUCGUUUUGUAUAUAAAGACGCCACUGCGCUUCGCUCUCCUCUGCUACUACCUGACAAGCUUUGCUUUGCUCGCACGCGUUCCCAGCUCCACCUCAUCAUCCAUGGCGUCCACCGACAGCGCCCAGGUGGCUGCAGGAUGGCCCGCCGCCGCCAGGGAACACGAAGCGUGCCCGCCGCCGCUUGUCGUUGGAGCCCCGUCGCAUGAUGCCGACGCGCAGCCGGAGGAGGAGAUACCGUACUCCGUCUCCUUCAGCGUGCCGGCGUCGCCGUCGGGGAUGCACCUCGGCGCGUCCGUCGUCCGCGUGCACGCCGCGCCGCCUUCCGUGGGCGAGGCCAGGAUCGACAUGAUCCACCCCGCCGAGCCACCGCCGCAGAUGCUGUGGCAGCAGGCGAGGUUCCACUCGCAGCCCACCCUGACGGUGAUCAACGGCGAGGCGGCGGCGCCGGUGCCCCGGAGCGACAGCACGCGGGACCGGCGGUUCGACCAGUUCAAGACCUUCUCCGGCCGCCUCGAGCGCCAGUUCUCCAGCCUCCGCGGGAUGCUGCCGCAGGAGCCCGCCGCCGACAUCGAGACGGCGGACUCCAAGAUCUCCGAGGAGGAGGCCGACGGCGGCGAGGUGCCCACCGCCGACCGCUACUUCGCCGCCCUUGAGGGCCCCGAGCUCGACACCCUCCGAGCGACGGAGGUGCCGGUGCUGCCCGAGGACGAGAGGUGGCCGUUCCUGCUGCGGUUUCCGAUCAGCGCGUUCGGGAUGUGCCUGGGCGUGAGCAGCCAGGCGAUGCUGUGGAAGACGCUGGCGUCGGAGCCCUCCACGGCGUUCCUCCACAUCAGCCUCGACGUCAACCACGUCCUCUGGUGGGUGUCCGUCGCGCUCAUGGCCCUCGUCUCCGCCAUCUACCUGCUCAAGGUCGUCUUCUACUUCGAGGCCGUCCGCCGCGAGUUCCAUCACCCCAUCCGCGUCAACUUCUUCUUCGCGCCAUGGAUCGCCUGCCUCUUCCUCGUCAAGGGCCUGCCGCGCCAGGUCUGGACCAUCCACCACGUCGUCUGGUUCCUCCUCAUGGCGCCCAUCCUGCUCCUCGACCUCAAGAUCUACGGCCAGUGGAUGUCCGGCGGCGAGCGGCGGCUGUCCAAGGUGGCCAACCCGUCGAACCACCUCGCCAUCGUCGGCAACUUCGUCGGCGCGCUGCUCGGCGCGAGGAUGGGGCUCCGGGAGGGCCCCAUCUUCUUCCUCGCCGUGGGGUUGGUCCACUACAUCGUGCUGUUCGUGACGCUGUACCAGCGGCUGCCGACCAACGUGCAGCUGCCCAAGGAGCUCCACCCGGUGUUCUUCCUGUUCAUCGCGGCGCCGAGCGUGGCGUCCAUGGCGUGGGCGAGGCUGACCGGCGAGUUCGACUUCGGGGCGCGGAUCGCCUACUUCGUCGCGCUCUUCCUCUACAUGUCGCUGGCGGUGCGCGUCAACAUGUUCCGGGGGUUCAGGUUCUCGCUGGCGUGGUGGGCGUACACGUUCCCGAUGACCAGCGCCGCCAUCGCCACGGUGCUGUACGCGUCGGAGGUGACCAACGUGGCGACGAGGGCGAUGGCGGUGGGGCUCUCCGGGAUCGCCACCGUGACGGUCACCGGCGUGCUGGUCACCACCAUGUACCACGCCUUCGUGCGCAGGGACCUCUUCCCCAACGACGUCUCCAUCGCCAUCACCCGGAGGAAGCCCAAGUUCAGCAAGAUCCUCGCGCACCUCCGCUCCUCCGGCACCGACGUCAAGGAGCUCGUCUUCUCCGUCUCCUCCAAGAACGGCGCUGACGACUCUGCCUCCGUCUCCAAGGCAAGCAACUGCAGCUCCGGCGAUCAGUCCCCGGUGCCACACGCCGGAGCUGGGCGUGGGCGUUAACUAAUUUAGUACGCUGUCGCGUGCGCGCGCGCGUGUACAGACUUGAUAAUUAAUUUCUCUUUUUUUUUCUUUUCGAUCCUUGCACAAUCGAUUCGCUACGAAUGGACGGCAUUGGCGGAUCGGCAGCGACCAGGGGUUUAUCCUUUGAGCGAAUUGCAAUAAGGAUAUUAUAAGCUUCAGUUUUGUAGGUUAGUUCCAGUUUAUAAUUAUUGACUCGGGAGUUUUUUUAAUUUAUUCCAUCGGAUAUGUGUUUUUAAAGAGGAGAUAUAACGUGUAACUGCAUUUGGAUUUGGAUUUGAUUGUAUCUUAAUCCAUCA